CAGAGGGAGGGACUGCUCCGUCAGACGGAAAGAGGAGGAGGAAGCCGACACCAACAAAAUAUGACAGUACGAAACAAAAUGGAUCCAACCAAGCCCAGUGCACUGCAUGUAAACGGUGGAGGAAAUGAAUCAUUAAUGGGAGAUCCAUCGGUGCAGUGGGGAAAUAGUAAGGACGAGGGGAGGGAGAAAGACACAGAACCCAGGGAUCCACACGUCAACGGGACGAGCGCAGCUGCAGAGACCAACAUUCACCACAGGGACAAAACCAAGUUCAACACAUUUGGCUACCAGAGGAAGAGAAAGCAAAAGGUUGUGACUGACUUAGCAACAAUGAGUAAAUUUCCUUCUGCUGCUGCCAAACCCAGAGCUCCACUGAGACAGGUCCUUUUCAGCCAGGGAGAGUCUGAGAAGACCCAAGCUUCUGAGCUGGAUGGGUUGAAGCAGGAGCUGGAGGCCUUUGCUAUGCCGCUCAGUCUUAAGUGGAGGUGGAAGGAGGAAAGUCAGGGAACCACACUGGAGAAGAACUGGACAGAUAUAGUGCACUCUCAUUCAACGAUGUCGAAGAUGCUGAGGCACCAGCAGGAGGCGCUGUGGGAGUUUAUCUACACAGAGCUCAUCUACAUCAACAAACUGAUAAUCAUCAAAGAUUUUGUCAUCGCAGCUCUUGUCAACCUGCACCAGCAUGGAUUUCUCCUGGAGGUGACCCCUGAACUGCUCUUCUCUAACAUUCCCUCCAUCCUCACCGCUCACCAGCUGUUUUGGCAGCAGGUGAUUUAUCCCAUGUUGCAAGACGUCCGGGGGACGGGAAAGCCCUUUGAUCCUUUGGUGUUGGAGGCUGGUUGCCUGCAGUUCCGCGAGCGCUUCUCUUCAUAUCAACACUACUGUUGGGAGGAGGAAAACUGUGUGGAGUUCACACGCAGGCAGAUGGGGAGCAACCCGCAUUUCCUCACUUAUGUUCAGUGGGUGGAGAAUCAUCCUCGGUGUGAGCGCAUGCGGCUCGGGGACAUGCAGGCAAAACCCCACCUGAGGAUCACAAAGUAUCCUCUGCUUCUCAAGGCCGUGCUGAAAAACACUCCAGAUCCUCACGUGCAGAACACACUCAGAGGCAUGCUGUCCAGUAUAAAGCUUUUUUUGGAGAGCAUCAACGACCACCUGAGGCUAAAAGAUGAGAAACUCGCUCUCAUCACUUCUGCUCAGAGGGUGGAGGGAUACGAGGUGGAGUGCAUAAAUGAAGAUAUUGACACGCUUGUCCGAGAGAUUUGUCAGUUUGACCUAACCUGCCCCGUCAAAGGAGUAAGUCCUGAAGUCGUGCGCAAGCUUCUGCUGGAGGAGAACCUGAAGAUUCGGGAGAGGAAAGACAGCAAGCUUGAGGUGGUGGCUCUGCUUUUCACAGAUGUUCUUCUAUUGACCAAAGUCCAGAAGAAAGGGGACCGGCUGAAGGUAGUUCGACCUCCGCUGGCCCUUGACAGAACGUUCUGCUACUCGCUGAAAGAUGGCUGCUCAUUUCUUCUUGUGGAGGUUGGUGAGCUUCAGAGUGCUAUGAAUGUCUACAUAUUUGUAGCCAGUACCUCAGAGAGCUGCUCCAGAUGGGUCUCCAAAAUCAACUUGGCAAAGGUAACACUGAGGAACUUGAGGCAGACUGAGAACAACAUACAACUGGAAAAUUUAAAAAUCCAGCAGCCGGAGGCCGACCCUGUCACAAAUGUCGAAACGCAUGAUAUGGACACAGGAAAACAACCCAUCACGCAAUCCAGAAGAGAGAGUUUUAUGGAUGAACUCACUGAGAAACUUAUUUUCGCCCAAUCGACAAAUGGGAUGUUGGUGUCUAAAGAAGCCGAAGCAGAGGAACAGGAUCCUCCUCCAGGUGGUGGGACUGAAAACAAUCCCGUUCUACCUUUUUGGCAUUCCCACCCCGAAGUCAAGGGACACAAGGGACUUACUGGUCAGCAACAAGCCGACCGUGGAUAUGAAUGGGUAGAAAUGGGAGUGAGAGGAGUCGAGACGAGAGUGUGCAACCACGGGGCACCAUCUGCCGCCAAUCGGAAUUAUUUCAAUCCCGGCCCUGCAGGCGGUCCAUCGCGAUACGAUAUCUUGUAUCCAGACGUUGACUAUCCAAUGGAGGAGGAAAGUACGACGGACCUUUCCGACCAACCGGCAAUAUUCGGGGGGGAGCCUGAGUUUAAAGGACGAGCACCUGAGAGGAGAAUAUCAACGAAUAGGGAUUCCGAUUCUCAGUCUGUGAACCAGGACUCCAGGAGAAACUCCGACUGCAGCAAGUCCGGGGACAUGGAGACACCUCCAGAGGAUUGGGGUCGCUCCAAAAAUUUGAAGUCGCCCGGGUUACGCAGGAGGAGGCCAAUCAACUCUCAUCAGGGCCCCUCUUCUCAGAUGUCGAAUCAGUCCUUGCCGGUUUUAAAUGGCCAAAUGAAAAGAAACUCGCAACCAUCCGUCCCGGAGUCACACCGAGUGCUAAAACUGGCCUCCCUGAAGCACAACCAAGGCAUGUUUUUGGACCUUCAUGACACGGUAUCUCCAGACCUCCAAACGGUGUCUCAAUCCGAGCUUUUGGAUCAUAACGUUUAUAACGGAGGGAAAACCCAAAGGACGGCCUCUAACAUGAAGGACGUUGAAGGAGGCCAUGGAGCUGGCCUGCACGCCAGCACUCCCCACACGUUUCCCAAAGUGGAGAAGGCACACAACAUGGCCCUGGAGGGUCUCUUGCUAAGGGCCAAAGAGAGAGACGGAUUAAAAGGCAGAAAUGUGAAAGUGGCCCAUUUGGGUUUAAGGAAUCCUCCCGAACCCUCGUUUUUGCAGACGCCAUUGCCAUGGCCCAGCGAUGGAGAAAGACACGUGGAGUGGGAGGAGGAGGAGGUGGAGCUGUUUAGACACAGAGCGCUCACAGUGAGUAAAGGAUGGAAGGAGCAGCUGGUGGAUGGAGAUGAUGAUGAUGAUGAUGACAAGAGCAACAGUGUUGACUUUACGAUCGGAGUAAAUGUGAACUGGCCAGCUUGGUGCUUGGAUGAUGAUGAUUUUCUGGGUCAUUUACAACUCGGAGAGGAAGGGUUUCUGGAGAGCAUCAACCGAUCCUUGGCCUCCAGGGACAUCCCCGAAAUAUCAGAGCAAGAGGACGGACAUUAUAUUGAAGUGUAGCUCUGAAGCUGCAUGUCACUGCACUUACUGAGUGGAUCCUAAAUGGUGCUACAUUACGUCAAUGUAAACUGAAGAGGGCCAAAACCACAGGGACGCUAGGCUGUUUUUUACUUGAUGAAAACCAAACAUCUUUCUUGCAGUUUUCUUAUUUUCUAUCGAUAUUAAAAGGGUAUAUUUCUGGGCAAUAAUUAUUCUGUAAUUAAUGUAAAAGCAAUGUCUUAUAUAUAUUUUUAAAUAAUGAAAAAAGAAUUGAUUAGUGUUUUAUUUAAAUACAAUUAAAAAUUCUUCAUUCAUAUACACAAGUGUAUAGAACAUUUAUAUCAGCAAUCACUUCCCCUGUCAUUGACCAGUACACAUUGUAUGUCAUGUAAAAAAAUAAACCUUUUUUCUUUGUUAAAAGUACCUUGUUUUUAAACAUUUUAUUGUUAAUAUGUAUAUACAGAAACAAAUAUUCACAUACAGUCGAUAAUUGAAAAUGAAAAUAAUAGGAUAAUACACAAAGUUUAAAUUUAAACAAAACUGCUACAAUGUCGGCUCUGGAAAUACAGUAUUUACAAAUAAAUCCCAAAUUUUGCAGAUAUAAGAAUAAAAAAAGUUCAGUAGUUUUGUGAGAUGACUGCAUUAAUAUCUUUACUUUUUCACCGUGUUUCUUUCUCUCUCCUCCCGCUCAUUGGACACGGUAUGAACAAUCGUCUCCAGCGCAGGGUACUGAAAGAUGCCUUUCCUCUGUGGAAAAAGAUUCAUGUAGAUAAAUUUGUAGGUACAUUAUUUUGUAGGAACAUGUACAUGUAUUGCAAUUUCAUUUUUUUUAACUUAAUUUCCAGAUUGAAAUUGUUUGAUUGACAUUCCUUUCAAAUAAUGUUCCUCUUAUUUGUUGGUAAAUUUCAGAAGCUCCUUACCCUUUGGUGGUUCUUGUAGAUCUGAGCCAAAAUCAACAGCAUAACGAGGAGGAGAAAGCUGAGGCCCACUGCAGCUGCCGUGUUGUGUGAGACACUCCCAGGUUUUUCUCCACUUAGACCGCCUGUGAGGAACAUCAAUAUAAAAACACACGGUCAGAUAAAUGCCAAAUGUUACAUUUGUGCCAGGGCCUCAAUCGAUGAAUAUAAAUACACAAGGAGAGAACUCACUCAUCUGCUGGACGUGGUAUGUCACAUUUCCCAAAAGGCCGUCCUUCCCGUAGAAACGACAUGCCCAUUCACCCCGGUUCCCCUCGGACGUUGUGCUUAUACUCAGACUCUUCCCCUCCAGGAUGGGCCCAACGGACCGGCUGCCAUUGAGGUCAUAGAUCACAUGAACCCAUUCGUACUUGGUGACCUCGCCGGUGUCGGCCAGCUGGCAGGUCAGCGUCACGGAGCUUGUGUUCUGGGAGGGCGCGCUGCUGUGAACUGAGAGAGACAAAAAGCAGCACAAUGAAAUGCGCUGUUAAAAGCGAAAAACAAGAUUCGGCGGAUCAAACUUCAACUGAAAGCAUCUGAGCUUACCUUUGGCAACGACGAGCCGCAUGUUUCGCGUCACCCGUUGUCCUUCUAUCGUGGCGGAGCAUCUGUACCUGCCCUCAUCCUCCAACGCGACCUCGUUCAAACGGGCCGACUGAUCGGAGGCGAGCGCGGAGAGCGGCCCGGAGGCCGAGAAAGAGGCGGGAAGGCGACCGGGAGCCGGUUUGUAGAGAUACCCGGGUUUUAGUUUCUCCCAGAGCGGAUCAGAGGGGAUGAGCCCGGGGGAGAAGACGCAGGGGAGUGUGACCGCGGAUCCCACAGCGGCGUACACUUUGGCGUCGUCGUCGGGUGGGUGGAUGACACCUGUGAGAGAAAGCGAGGGAGAGUUUAAGAGUAAAAAAAAAAGAAGUUCCAAACCAAACUGAGUUCCCGCCGCUGACCCCUGGUGAGGCUUACCCUUCACGCUCAGGGUAGCUGAAGCUCGUCCCUCCUGGUCCUUGUAGGCCACCAGGCAGGUCCAGGUUCCCGUCAGUCUGCCGGUGGCCUUUUCCCUCACAGCGGUCUGCAUGGUCCGAGGCUCGAAUGGGCUGUCGUUCAGUGUCCACCUCACAAGAGCUCCUUGAGGCCAAGGAGUCACGCUACAGGUGAUCGAAACGUCGUUCCCCCAAAUCGGAGCCGGUGAGGAGACGGACACUGAGGAGGAAAGAGGAUGAGGUUAUUUUCAUACGCUACAGCUCAUUUCUGGCAGAUAUAACAAGUUUUUUAAAGUUUUUGCUAUGACUUAAAAAGUCUGGAAUUUCUCUCUUCACAUCUUCAAUCGCUUCUUUAUCAAUUAUUUAUUGAAUCCGAUCCUCAAAACUGAUGCAACAAAUUCAUGGAGGGGUGAAAACAUCUUUGUUUCUCCACGUUUCUCACCUUUAGUGAUUCGGAGUGUGACUGUUUUCUCAAUGACUUGGAAUCCAUGUUCCACCCUGCAGGAGUAAACUCCUCCAUCCUCCUCCCUCACGUUGUUUAUCUGCAGGCUGAAAUCGCCACUUUCUAACUGGUAAUGGGGCCACCUCACGCGUUGGUUGCCUUUUGAUAACCAGUCAGAGCCCCAGAACUCCAGACCACUCUUUUCCUUUCUCCAAACAGUGCUGUGGGCAGAAGGUGUCACAAGCAAUGCAGAGUUAUCACUAGGUAGAUACAGCUGUGGAGUGGAAGGAAGGAUUGUGAAGCCCAGCAGGGAGGGAGGCAGUUUGUGGGAUCUGUGGUGUUUUUUUGUCUUACCCUUUGUCGGCUUUUCUCCAGAUGAUGGCGGGGAUACGAGCGGACAGCCGGCUGCAUUUACAGGGCAGCACAGCCUGAGAGCCGGCUUCGGCAAAAACCUCACUUACUUCACUUUGAGCACCUGUUAAAGAAACAAUAGGUCAUUCACUUCAGAUAGAAAAUAUGCACAAAAAAAGAAGAAUAGAUGCAUGUCAUUGGGCAUUUUAGCACAACAGGCAGCAGACAUUUCUGUAAAAAAAAAAAAAUCAUACCUGACAAAUGAAAGGUCAUCACCCCAAAGAGGAAAUACCCCAACAGCAUCUUUUUGUUGCCUUUUUUUUGGACAAUUUGUUAAAAUGUUGUAAUCUCUAUCUGCUCUAUUAUCUGAGUCCGAUGUGCUCUCUGGUGUGUUUUUGUGUGAGUUGAAUCGAUGAGGUAUUUAUAUGAAUCUGUGGGUGCAAAAAGGAGGCGGAGUUCUGCUACCAAUCAUCUGACUUCUGCUACAAGCCGGGCUUUGAUGCGGUCUGACUUUGUCAGCCUGGAAACUCGAAGACAAAGAUGUAAACAGGGAGACACACUCCCUCCCACGGAUUCUCUCUCUUCUUUCCGUUUCCUUUUUCAGAUUUAACAGUGAGUGUAACGAUAUCAGACAUUAUUCAAUUUGCAAGCCAAAGGUUCUCAAGACUCCAGACCGAAGCAAAAUACAGGAUAGCAUGUGCAUCUCACUGUAUUUGUCCCUUAAAGUAUAGUUCCAAUUUAGAAAUACUUAGCUCAAAAAUGAGCCGGGAACAACUUUUCAAUCAUCUCCACACGUGCGUUGAACGUUGUGUGUUUAGAAAGCUCUUCGGGGCCAUUCACGGAAGCCCCGGUUGUUGCUUUGAAACCGAAAUGGCAAAAACUGCUGACUCCAAACCACCGUGUCACGUCUCCUCCGUCACUACCAGUCAGCCAGGUUCAGAAUUGCUGCUGAACCCACAGCUCUCAUCCCGAUCACCAUCAUCAUCAUCAUCAUCUCCACCACCAGUUUCAUGAAAACAAGGCCAUCCCGUAAUAUAAUAGUCUUCUGUUGCGCAUUCGUGAAAGUGAAUCAUCUCUUUUUUGUUUUCCUUGUCGUCGAUUCCUUUUCUGUCGCUGCAUGUGAAGAAUACUUCCUCCGCCAGUCAGGACGUCAAAUGGAGGCCAACCAACGUUUAAAUGCAGUUUAAUGUAAAUAUCGUAAGAUUGGAAAAAAUAAAGAUUGAUUGAUAAUUAUUAUUAUUACUAGCUGGAAAUACUUGACUUUGUAAUUUAUAAGGAGUAACGUUUGAUGAGUUGUUUAUAAGACAAUAGUAGAACUGCAAACAGAUGCCAUUUAAGCAUUUGUGCUUGUAAACACUAUAAAUAGACAACAAAUAACCAUAUAACAGAACCACAGUUGUGCCAAUUUAAAAUAUUGUAAGAAGUUAUUAUUCUUAAUUACAAAUUAGUCUUUAUAUAAGCUGAUAACUGCAUAGCAUUGUUUUGUAAAUAAUUUGUUUGUUUGUGUAUAUACUGCAAAAGAAGGAUGAAUAAGGGGUUCAGAUUUACUGUACUCAUUACUUAUCUUUGCCAUGAGGCAUCUUGCCAUAUCAACACAGUAUCUGACAGACCAACCAACUCUCUAGUUCUAGCUUAGUUUCCGUUAGUAUAGUAGUUUUUAUUUCUAAUUAAUGUACCUCUUCUGUGAUUAAUAAUUAAUGCCCGUGAACUCAUCAAAGUUUGUAAAACCUACUAUAUGUUAAAACCAACGCUAGAAAGACACAUUGAGAUUCUAACUGUGGCACUAAGAAACAGAUACACCUGAGAAUAUGGGGGUGAAACCACAGAGCUGUUUUUCUUCAUUUUGACAUAUUUUCCUUGGUAAGAGCUGUUUGACUGCUGGGUGAGUGAUGUUUCAAGAUCAAGUGUCUUCAUUUCAUCAAACCAGAACGCCCUUCUUGGCCCAAAUUAUUUAAAUCUGUUUCAUAUUUCUUAUUGUUGUGGCUUUAGUUUGGCAUUUUUUAACAAAAAAACAAUUGGGGGCAUUUGUGCGUCACUCGUCUCUAGGUGGUCUUUCCUACAGCAGAAACUGAGUCACCUCUAUUGUACAUGGAAACAACUGGGCUUUGAGCAUGAGGGAAUGCAGAUGAUUAUGUAAGUAGAAUGAGUUGGAAAAUAAUCAAAUCAUAUUGCCUCUUUAGAAGUUCAACACUAGUUUUUUCCUGUCAAGCUCUCUUCUCUGCAUCCGCUUUAGUAAAAAAAAAAAUGCUAUGUUCUAAUUUGCAUCAUCAUUAACAUUUAUUAAGAGGCUCCAGUCAUUCUGCCUUAUAGUAAACACUGCUGUGGUUUGAUUUCAAUAACUGAUUAGAUCAUGUGUUUGUGUAGGUGAUGAAAAGUGAUGUUCCACUGUGAAUUACUGGCAGAGGAAGCCGAGAUCAAAUCCUGCUGUACUCAGACCUUUUUGUUGUUGAGUUUAACCAGCGUUUUGUUCAGUGCUGUUGAGGCUGAAGAUGGAAACAUGAUUGUA